AUGACACCCACCUCAGGCGCCCUGGCCUGUGGUCAGACCUUUGGAGCACGUCCGCUCCUCGCGCUCAAACCUCAGGAGGGGUGCUGGACCGAGGAGUUCAAGACGUACCUGCUCCGGGGCACCUUGCCAGAGAAGGAGGAAGACGCAGAACGUGUGGCCCGCCAUGCCACCACGCACUGCAUCCGGGAUGGCGAGCUCUACCGAAGGCGCCCGAAUGAUGUCUCUCUGCGGUGCAUCUCCAAGGAGCAGGGGUGCGAGCUGCUGGCCGACAUCCAUAGCGGGGACUGCGGGCAUCACUCCUCAUCGCGUGCCCUUGUGGGCAAGGCGUUUCACAGCGGGUUCAACUGGCCCACGACGCUCAACGACGCCACCGAGCUGGUGAGAUCCUGCGAGGCAUGCCAAUUCCAUGCCAAACAGAUCCACCAGCCCGCUUAG